UUAGGCACAGCAAGUUGGUGUGUGGCUGUUGUAUUGGCUAAGCGUUCUUGUCCUUGCUUACUCAUUUUUAUGCGCAUGUUCUUCUAGUCCUUUGUGGCUGACAUUCGCUGUCAAAAGUUGCUGCCCCGUUACUGCUGCAAAUAAAAAAAGAAAAACAUAAAUAUUUGCUGCUCUUGGUGCUUGGUGUGCGUUUUCUGUGCUUUAACAUGGGCAGCUCGCUGCUGACGCUCACCUGGUUGGUGCUCACGUAUAUUUCGCUUGUAUUCACCGCGUGCAUUAACAAUGCUACAGGCAUUGCCACCAGCUCGCCUGAUCGCUCAUCCAGCAGCCUGAGCACAUCCUUGACCCUGGAGGGCACUAUACAUCGCACUGCGGCAGCCACCGAGCGUGUAAACAAUCUCUGGUGCUAUGCCUGCGACACCAUGGACGAUGGCGAGGACUGCGUUGAUGUCCUUCAGCGCAACAAUAGCUCCGUAAUGAGGAAGUGCGAAGGCCAAGAGUUCUUCUGCAUGGUCAAACGCUUUUCCUACACCACUAGCACUGAGAACUCGACGAGCCUGCCCAAGAUGUGGUCAAUGGAUCGUCGCUGUGCAAUCUCCUGCGAGCCUGGCUGCAUCAUCAUAGGCGAGCGCACUAAGCUCUAUGCCUGCACCUCCUGCUGCGAAGAGUCCUUUUGCAAUACGGGCCGUGGUGCUGCCUCGGGCAUCUUUCAUCGCGAGGACACUGGCAUUGGCACGCGCGUCUUUUGGCUGGCAGCGCCCUUCCUCAUCAACAUAUCCUUGAUGCACUACAAGAAGCUGCUCGGCCAGCUACAGGAGUAGGAGUAGAACUAAAAGUAAAGCAAAAAUGGAAUUUAGUGCCAACGUUCUCACUCUCUAGUUGCUCAAAUUUUAAAAGAAAACUCCACUAAACUAAUUAGCUAAUUGUCUAAUCUUUAACACACACACUCUCUCUCACACACAUAGAGACAAUACGCACUUGUAGAUAGCCCAACAAGCUGGUGUGAUAAUAAAUGUAAUGUCAGAACAGUUUGGAGAGCCAAACAAACUUUACUUUAACACUUCCUUAAAGCUAAUUUUAAUUCUUUGGUUUAAAUAGCAAAUUGAUGUGCCAACUGGACCAAAGCCUUG